UUGCUGGUUUGGAGUUGUAGUUAGUCUGCGUGUCUCAGACUGGGCUCUCUUCAACGAGUUCUGCCUUCAUCCGUUCCUUGAAUCAAUUCCUCAAAAACUUGAAAUUUCUUACAAGCUGGUCGAGCUUUUCUAUGGCGUCUGGCAAAGAUAGCGACGAUUCAUCUGAAUCUCCAUCUUCGCAGAAGAGCAUAUACAAGGAUCCGGAUGAUGGGCGGCAGCGUUUCUUGCUUGAACUGGAAUUUGUUCAAUGCUUUGCUAACCCCACUUACAUCCAUUAUCUGGCUCAGAAUCGCUAUUUUGAAGAUGAAGCUUUCAUUGGAUACUUGAAGUAUCUUCAGUACUGGCAGCAGCCUGAGUACAUGAAGUUUAUAAUGUAUCCUCAUUGCCUAUUUUUUCUUGAACUUCUCCAAAAUGCAAACUUUCGUAAUGCAAUGGCACAUCCUGGCAGCAAGGAGUUGGCACAUAGACAGCAAUUUUACUUCUGGAAGAACUACAGAAACAAUCGAUUAAAGCACAUAUUACCAAGAUCACUUCCUGAACCUCCUGCUCCCACUCCUAUACCUCCUCAGCAGUCCAUGCCACCUGCAGCUGCUUCAACUAUUGGAAUGACUGCUGGUCCUGGUCCCGUUCUUUCUCCCAUGCAAUAUGCUAACCCCCCAGGCUCUUCUCUUCCAAAAAAUGAUAUGAGGAAUACUGGGGUUGAUAGAAGAAAGAGAAAGAAGGAUGGUUAGGCUGACAUAUCAUUUUAGAAACUGUAAUCCAAGAUGCUAGAUGAGGGAAUUUUAAUCAAAUGAGGCUGCAAGGUUCUUUCAUUCGUUAGAAGAUGUUGGCAUUUCAAUAAAUAAAGUUGGGAGACACUUGAAUGGGGGGUUAGUGACAAUGUAACAGAAUCUUACAAGAGUUUUAGGCAGUAGUUAUCUCUGUACUUGAGCAUUAUUUUCUGUCUAAACUAGUAAGAAGGGAGUUUUGGGACACAGUAUAGUGGCCCUGUCUGUUAGUAGUACUUUUAUUAAUUGGUCUCUUUUUGUUUGUCAUUUUUUUAUGUAUAAAUUAUGUGUCUAAAACUCCCACACGAAACGCCUUUCAUAUACUAUUUAAUUCAACGAUUGUUAAUCCA